AUGCGCUUCACCCGAUUUCCCGACUGGAGGUUCAUCCACCGGGCCCAGGUCAACUGCAUCCUGCUGAACGGAGCCGUCCACCAUUGGAGUCAGGACAAGCGAUGCAGAAAGUGUGGCUAUGCCCACGAGACACUACCCCACGUCCUGUGUGGCUGCAAGCCCCAUUCGAGAGCUUGGCAGCUGCGACACAACUCCAUCCACGAUCGCCUGGUCAGAGCCAUCCGACCACCCAUAGGGAAGGUCGCCGUGAACUCCACCAUCCCCGGAAACGACAGCCAACUGCGACUGGACGUCGUCAUCACCAACGAGGACUGGAAGAAGAUCAUCAUGGUGGACAUCCCAGUGCCCUUUGAAAGCAGGACCCCAGCUUUCCACGAUGCCCGAUCUCGAAAGCUGGAGAAAUACGCCUCUCUGGCUGACACCCUGAGAACUAAGGGUUAUGAGGUCCAAAUCCACGCGCUGAUUGUUGGAGCCCUGGAUGCAUGGGACCCCGGUAAUGAGCAAAUGCUGAGAGAAUGUGGAGUGGUGCGGGUUCAAAUGGCUGCCAAGCUUUUCGUUCUAAUCAGCUGGCCAGAUGGCAGCCGUGUGAUCAACAUUGAAAACAUCAAAGAACCCCGAAAGCCAUUUCAUCGCUACAUGGUGGGGGAGCAGGUGCUAGCCCGCUGCCCUGGCUUCAGUGGUCUGUACUGGGGGGUUGUGGAAGGCAUAAGCGAAGAAGAACCAGCAGUGCACAGUGGGCUGCCAUCCCAACCUAAAAAAUCAAGGAAGUCUUUUCCAAAAUGGAUGCCAGGAAGUUCCUCUCGCAAAUACAGCGAUGACAGGAGCUUCUAUGUCAAACCGCUGGUCGGGGAUGAAGACGCAGGGCUCCAGCGUGAUGCUGCCAUCUCUUCUGUCUUAAAAGAGAGGUGCAUCCUGACUAGCACGACUAGAUCCCACUGCACAAUGUCAGCACCUCACCACUCUUCCCCGGCCUUCAAAUCACCAUCUCCGUUCUUGUCCCUGGCGGUGCCUGGAACAUCCCAGAAUGAAGAAGCAAGGCCUGGCACAGCUACCAGAGAUUACAUCACCCUGACAAUGAAAAGGAAGUCAGAUGGCAUUCUAGCUAAGUGUCAGCAGCACAUCUGUACCAACAGCUGUGAUGAACCAAAGACUGAAGGUUCCCCAGAAACAGCUGAUUUUGAGGUAGUUCCGAAAGAUUUUGGCCCUGGUGAAAUGGAAAGGUCCGAGAAGAUUGAACAACUGGAGAGAAUCAUAGUAGAUCUCCAGCAAGAGGUCCUCUCCCUGAAACGGAAGGUGCAGCGGCUGGAGUCACUGUCCUUUCAGGAAGAACCCCAUAGGCAGCAAUGCGAGGUGGUGGAAUUGUUUAAUGGCUACACAAAGGAGCAUUUAAAAGAGGCCAUCCGAUUUGACCAGAAAAUCAGCACCGCAUGCAAAACACUACUCUACAAGCUGUUCACGUCCGACUAUAUACAGAGCCACUCCAUCACAGGAAGGAGAGGGAACACCUUUCGGGAGGCUAAGCCCAUGAUGGAUGAGCGGUGCAUCAAAAUCAUUAGGGUGUUACUGAAGCAGAAGUUUGGGGACCACCUGAGCGACACAGUAAUCACUGAGAAAAUCCAAAAUGUGCAGAAAGCACUCAGGCAGAAAUUUAAGACGGAAUGUCUCUGAGCAGCAUGUGAGUCGAUGUCUCAUUUCCUAGGCAGCGCCGGAAUCUGGAAUACAAUGCGCUGAGCAGCCUUUCCAAAAAGUUGCUUCACUUUUGUUGUUUUGCUGAUUGAACCCCUGGAUGAUUUGUGGAAGCUCGGCGAAAUAUCUGCUAGAAACAACACAAACUAUUUGUGGCUAAAACUCUGUUUGCAUUCACACCCUGGGAGAUUUUCACCCAGACUUUUCCAAGUCUGGCGUCAUUUUACAAACCCCUCAGUUUGGCAACUCGGGCAAAGGAGUCGAUGUUUUUGUUCCAUUUAUAAUGGACAACUUUGGGGGAAAAAAGACUGGAGAUUUCAAUUGAAGAAGCCCCCAGAAAUAUGGACGGGUAAUCAAAUCUGAUUCCAACUAUUCAAAUACCUUGGGGCUGAAAAAUGAUGCUGAAAAUCUCACAAGAAGUAGGUUUCGGAUGUGUGUUCCAGACUGAAACGCUCAGCCUUCUGAAGUUGAUCCUGCACUGCUACCGCUGCACGCACAGCAGACAACUAGUAUUUCCGAUCCAGCUCAAACGAAGCUAUAACCUAUUUGCAGACUUGCAAACACCAACUUUCACCUUUUCACUAGUCUCUGUUUCCUCACCUCCUCUCAGGUUACUGAGGCGGUAAACAAGGCAGAGAGGGAGGGGUCAGAGGGAAGCAAGCCACCACUCACUGAAAGGGCAUGGUGAGACACUUUCCACUUAUCUCUCUCAUAACACACCAGGCAGUAAGAUGUAGAUGCCACAUUCAGCCUUGUAGUGGGUCAGAACAAAAAAUGUCACC